AUAAGGGUUAGGUUAUGUUUGUGUCAGGUUGAAUUGGGAUAUCUUAAAGUUUCCCCAUCUAAAUUAAAAAUGAUGUUUCUGCGAACAAUCUUUCAGUUUCCUCUUUGGGAAUGUUCCUUGGACACUUGGAGCAAUGUGACUAAAAGGAGUAGGCAGGGGAAGGCAACAGGAUACGAUCAGGGGGUGGACCUUGCUGAUUCGCAUUUCCACUUCCAUUCCCUUUCUCUCCACUUUGCUCCACUUGACUUCAUCUUUGUCUUCCAGUCUCCGCACUCACUGACAGAUCCUGGAUUUCCUUGUGGAGCUGGAGAAGGAACCACCCUGGCAUAAAACAAUGGCGCUAUGCACGCCAAGUAUGGAUCGCUCGAAAGCCAUCCCAACAGACGAGAAGGAGCCUGGUGCGGUUUCAGUCGGGUUGACGCCGCCUGCCAUCAACCUGAGGCUGACCCGAAGUUUGUCCAAGUCGGACUCGGACUUGUUGGCGCCGCCGCUCGGGGAAGACGACGGAGGUCAUACUGCUCGGAGCGGAUCCGUGUCCAAGUGCAAGCAGAGCCAGCCCUCCAAGGAGCGAAUGCCUUCCUUCGCCUCGGAGUGGGAUGAGAUUGAGAAGAUCAUGGACUUGAUCGGCGCCGGCAUCGGGACGUCAGAUAAGAAACAGGCGAGCUCAGAUGGGGCGUGCGGCAAAGCCCUGGACCAGCCGGUGGGCGAGUGGCUGGAACGAGCCGGGCUGCCGCAGUACGAGGGCAAGUUCCUGCUCAACGGCUUUGACGACCUGCGCUUCAUGGGAAGUAACGUGAUGGAAGACCAGGAUCUCCGAGACAUCGGGAUCACUGACCCAGGACACCGAAAAAAAAUCCUGCACGCGGCACGCGGACUGCCCAAGGUCAAAGCUCUGGGAUGUGACGGUAGCACAUCUCUGGCCUCGUGGCUAGACGGCCUGGGCCUGCACGAGUAUCUGCCCAAUUUCCUGUCCAGUGGCUACCGAACGUUGGAGUGUGUCAAGAACCUGUGGGAGCUGGAGAUCAUCAACGUCAUCAGGGUGGGUCCGCUGGGCCACAGGAAGCGGAUCAUCGCUUCUCUGGCCGAGAGACCUUACGAGGAGGCGCCCUCCAAGUCCAGGCGGCUGUCUCCUAUCAUGUUCCAUGACCUCCUGUCCCAAAGCACUUGCCCUCUGGGCCAGAUGGACCCCUACACCAGUCGCUCUAUGGACAUGCUGCUGCCCCUGGCCGAGGCGGACCGGCGGCGGCGAGCGGAUCAGGACGGUAGCGUCUCUCUGCGUUCCUACUGUGAGCGGCCGCGCUCCGUCGACCGACACAGCGAGCGACACAAAGAUUCUCGUGUGAACCUGCGGCCGCCGAGCCACUCUGCUACCUACGCCACUGUGUCGGCUUGGCACCACCAGCCUGAGAAGCUCAUCCUGGACGCCUGCGGGUACGAGGCAACCUACUUAGGUUCAAUGAUAAUCAGGGAUCUACGGGGGAUCGAGUCCACACAAGAAGCCUGUGCUAAAAUUAGGAAAUCCAAGGAUUCUAGAAAGGGUCCUGUUGUUGUACUCUCCAUUACCUACAGGGGCGUCAAGUUUAUUGACGCAGCCACAAAGAUCAUAGUUGCAGAGCACGAGAUCCGAAACAUCUCCUGUGCUGCCCAGGACCCGGAUGACCUGUGCACGUUUGCCUACAUCACCAAGGACCUGAAAAGUGGCCACCAUUUCUGUCAUGUCUUCAGCACGGUGGAGGUGACGCAGACGUACGAGAUCAUCCUAACUCUGGGCCAGGCUUUCGAGGUGGCCUACCAGAUGACCAUGCAGGCCAGACAGAGACAUUAUAUCCCCCACUCGUCCCUGGGCUCCGAGGUCGUCGAGACCAAGAGCAGCCGACCCGUGUCGCAGGCGUGGAGCAGCAUGAGGCGAUCAGCAGGUGCCCCCGCGCUCGAAUGCCGCUGCUGUCACUGUCACACGUGCACCACCCACCGUCCUACCUUCCUCCCGUUGCACUCCGUUAGCCCCGGAGUCCAGGUCCUUCUCUUUCCUUGCCUCUACUCACCCCCCGGCUGCCGUCGCACACCCGCUCACGCACCCCCUUCCCGGCCGCCACCUUCAUCAUCUUCCUUUCCUACCACCGCAGAUUCCAUUUCCCUCUCGCCAUCUUUCCUCAUGGACGACGUGAGCGCAAGUGUCGCAGUUUAGCUGAAUUCCCGGUUGUGCUUGGUGGAUGCUUUCAUUCAUUUGAAUUUGAAGGUGACUGAGUGGAAGCUGCGCCCGUGGGAUGUGUGGUCUGUCUGUUUUUUUUUUUUUCCCCGCCUUCUGCUGUGGGUCGCUCAACACAGGACGUGACACAAGAAGGCCUGAGAGGAAUCUCAGAAUUGUGAGGCAGAUGUUCCAACCACUUGUCUAGCUAUGCAUUUUCUUUAGCUCAACUCAGCACUAUGUAAACAAGCAGCUGAAACAAAGUGCUGCACGGAACAUAAAACAUUAGACAACUGAACCAUUUAAAAAAUAACAGUAACAAAGUUCAAAGCAAGACAAGUCAGGUGAGUUUCAAACUUCCUAAUGUGCAUCGAGAGGUCAUUCCAUACUUUGAGACUAGUGACACAAAAAGUUCAACAAAAUAUCUGCUUAGACUUAGGUACCUUUAGGAGCAGCUCGUCAGUCACCUGACCUGAAAUACUGAAUCGUAGCCUAGGGAAGAGAUCAUUGACUGUAGAGUAGGGCUGUCACUAAAACUAUUCAAUGUCUUUAGGAUCGAUUAUUCUGUUGAUUAAUUGAAUAAUUAGUUCAUUUUUCUUUUUUAAUUAAAGCCCAAAUUUGAACAUUUGUAACGCUUAACCUUUCCAGAGCUAACUUUGUGCAAAAGCAACCGUGUGCACCCUGAACUUUUUGUCAGCCAAUCCCAGGGCCCAUACAGACAGACACUCAUUCACACAUGGACAGUCAACCAAAUGGAAAUGUGGAAGCUACCGGGAGAAACUGAACAAAAGGAUCAUGCGACACCCCCACCCCCAUCCCACCCCAGAACAAGGCCCGAGCUGAGAUUCAAACCCAGAACCUCAGAAGUGUGAGGAUGUGCAAACCACUCAUCCACUGUACUGUGUGGGCUGACCAAGUGUUGUCUCUGUCCUGCUUGAGUUGUGCCAUUAUUAUUUCCGGGGUGUUCGCCCGUCAAUCAUCCAUGUAAUGGAUUGAGCCCCGAGCGCCUGCGAUCGGUCGCUGAUCGAUCGCCGGGCCGUGGAGGGGAAGCCUCCUCCGCUGACACCCGUCUCACACAAUCCCUCUCGUCCCUUCCACCCUCCCCUUUCCAAUACCCUCUUCCUCCUCCCCCUCCUCCUCCUCCUGCUCCACCCGGCAGAUCGACCCCCUGGAGAUGGACGCCGACAUGCACUCCUUGGGCAGCACCUCCUGGAUUUUGGACCAGCACGACGGCAACAGGCGGCCCGUCAGCACCAAGUACGAGACCACCAUAUUCUGAGGCCCUGCCCGCCCUCUCUCUCUCCUAAUCAGACCCCCUCAACCCGUGCCCCCUUGCAUCCGGUUGGCAAUCCACGCACAGUUGGAGCCCCGUGCCUUCUCACUGUGACGGUGUAGCCACCCCUCAGGGCUGCCUCCUCCUGCACCUCUACGCUUUGUUUUUCUGCCCAGCAGAGGACCCCCCCUGCCCCUCUUUCCCCCUGACUGCGGCUGGGGAUGCCCCCUCCCUGGACUGAGCUCAUUUUUUUCCCUCGCAUUUCCAACCCCUUGAUAGAUGGCAGAGGUUGCUUAUUUGUAAAUUAUGUCAAAGCAAAGGAUUUUUCAUUUUGGGACUUUUUUGUUUUUCUUUGUCCGUGUGUAGCCUCUCUUGUCUUACCAGGCAUCUACCACUGUGAAGAGGAAGAGGAUGCUAAACCAAUGAGCAGUUUUGUUUUUGUUGUUGUUUUCUAUGCAUUUGUACACACACACAUACACACACACGCUGGAUGGGUCACUAACACACUUUGCUGCACUUUGAGGAGGUCGGCAGCCCGAUGUCAUGUCAUGGCCCCCCGUGAACACCACCCAAGACUGUACGCUUCCAACACACUUGAGUGAGAGACUGAGGGGGACGGGGGGGUUGUGGGGGUCUCUGCUCUGGCCUUGUAACUUGCCCUGUGCCUCUCAGCAUCACGGUAGCACCGAGAGACAAAACCAAGUAAAAAAAAAAAAAAAAAAAAGAACAAACACUGUGUUGACACGUGGCACUAUCCCUUUGAAUAUUCCAGCCGAGGCAUCCGUUUUGUGAUACUCUUUUGAUAGGCCGAGGCCGGCCGGCUAAAACAUCAUGUGAGACGAUUUUUGUAAAUGGAAUCCAAACAUCCCCCGAAAAAUGAUGGAGGGCCCGAGCACGCAUUUUCCCCCGAAAUGAACAUCUCAUUAUCACGCUUAAAUGUCUAGCACGCCACGUGUGUGUCGCGUCACAUUUCAAGAGGAGCCAAAUAAUUUGUUGUGUGUUGUGGUGAUAACGAAUGGAUUUGCUAUGCUGAGAUCCACACACACACACACACACACACACACACACACACGAACACACAGUUUCAUUUAGUUUGAAAGAUGUCAUUGUGGCGACAACACACUUUUUGCCACCCCCGCCCACUGUCCCUGUGUGUGUUGGCAGACUGUUAAAGGUGAGCUGUGCGUGUUUGUGUGGCACAGUAUCAACAGCUAGCUGCCUACUGGCCAUCGUGUUCUGACUGUUAGCUUCCACUGGUGAUGCAUGAUUGCAAUGUUUUGUCGCUGUUUUGGUGCCUGUGGCAAGUCGGGCCCGUCUGUCUGCGUGUGUGUGUGUGUGUGUGUGUGUAUGGCGUCGAUCAUCCAGUUCCGUCCAUCGCCUCGGUUUGAACAUCCCCAGUCAGUGAGUCAGUCAGCCAGCCGCUUCCAUCCCACCGUCCGUCCAUCUUCAUCCCGCCGUCAUGACGUCACGCAUCUUCACCUGUCUCGUGCGUCACCAUGGCAACCUGCUCGUAUGGCUACAAAGCAAGCAUUUAUUGAAGCCAGACGUUCAGAGCUUCGUAUAAGCCUAACCUAAACCCAAAUACGGCUCCCAGGGUACCCGAGUCGAUGGACGCGGAUUUAUUGACACGUUCAUUUUUGCGAGAUGGCGGAAGCUCACUGUUGGUCUUCCACUCGUCUCAGUUUUAGUUCUGAACAAGCUCUUUGAGUUUCAAUUUUGAUUUCGAAGGCAGCAAAUACAGUGAUGCCUUGAGAUACUAUUCCAGCAAGAAAAACAAUACAAUGUGGUUUUUUUUUUUUUUGAUGAGAAAAUAUAUUUCAAGAAAUAUUCUAUGAAGUAAGAAUAUAACUUGCUCCUCAUUCUAGUGUGUGUACCUUGGCCAACUGCCAGCACCAUAAGACAACAGAGUCACAUAGAUGCUAAUUGUUAGUCCACGAGGUUGUAUGGACUUUUUUCAUUGUAUGUUAUCAUUAAGGUAGCAGAAGCUGUGUUUGUUUAUAUACAAUUAAUGGAUGGAUGGAUGUGUAAUUCUCAGUUUUAUCAGUAAGUUACAGCUAAGAGUAGAAAUAAAUAGCUUGAGGCCUCUUUGUUGAAGAAUGUUUACUAAUUAUAUCUGCCAAAAAAAGAAAAGUUAUAAUCCAUUUGUUGGCUUGUAUCUUGAAAAACAGAAGUUGGCUCAAUGGUAUCUCAAGGCACCAUGGUAUUGAAAUCUAUGACACCUCUACGAUGGAACCACUAAAAGUUGAAGGGUGACUCAAAUUGAAAAUACUUUUGUGCAAAAUCUAUAUGCCUAUUAGCAUGUAAAGGAUAAACGUUUGUCUUUGUCUUUCACCACAGAAAAGAUGUUUCUGUUUGGUUCCUAUGCUGGUUUUGGUCAAACUAUGGUUGGGUUUGACUUAAUUGCAAAUGUUUUAUUGCUCUUCAAAAAUGGUCUUCUAUAAAACUUCUCUUGUGUUUCACUUUA